AUGAGGCGAAGGCUGUGGGUGCCACUACGUCCGCCGCAGUGGGUGGGGUGCUGCUGCCGCAGGUCCACUGCUGAAGGGUACAGCUCUGCGGGGGAGCACGAGGGUGCGGCGAAUGUGGCGUUGCAGCGGCUUGUUCACUCACUUGGGUUUGAGCUGAGAGACAUGGACCAACUUGUCCGUGGCCUCGCCACAGGUGAAAAGCCAUACACAAUUGCCGCUAAAAAAACGGUUCUCACGCAGCCUACCCGGCUUGCAGAUGCAUGCAUGAAGCUCCCCGUGCUUCUGCCGGUCUUUUGUAAUGUGGCAAUCGCGCACCAAAGUUUGAAAGCUUCCUCGACGAGUGACACAGCCACAGCAGGUACUGUGGCGGGCAGGGAGUGUGGGAGUCGUGAGGUUGCGGCCCUGCUUCACCGCAGUGCUCUCCGCACCGAAGCGAGCGUGCAUAUUCGGGAGGUGAAACACCUCUCCGAUGUUUAUUUACGCAGCGGGGCACUUGUCACAUUAUCCGUGGCACUUUGUGAGUCCAUGCGGGAGUUUCGUCGUGAGGGCAAACGCCGCUGGCGGGAUCUUCGCGAGUGUGACAUGGCGAAGACAAAGCAGCUUCACUCUUGGCGCUCCGAUGGGCUUAAGAUGCACGUGAAGGCCUUUGCAUCUCUCGAUGAUGCCUGUCGUUCCUUGUUUGGCAAGGCUGUAGAGGCUGAACUCGGCAAGCCAGUUGAUGCUGCAUGUAGACAGACGUUGUGCUUGUGCAUCACGACAAUUAUUUCCAUGACCGUUUCGAUUGCGGAUGAACUCCAUUGGCAUCUUUCGAGGCCUUCAGUGAGACAAAGCGGCGGUGAGGAACUGCAGCUGCUUGAGCACCGCGUAAUCGACUGCACCUCAUCUAUACGAAAUACGGCCUAUACGUUUUUGGCACGCAUAGUUGAGGGAACGACACGCUUCACAGAAGACGCGGUACAUGUUUCUCAGUUUUCCCCCGUCCUUUCAGCUGUCGAAGGUCUGCUUGCGGUCAUGGAAAGCAGUACGAACCUUCCUCUCAGCGGGGAAGUAUGUGAUGGCGGAUGUGGCCUAGUCUCAAUAGUUAUGUGGCUCUUGCUGACGGCCUCGUCUCUUUCUCAAGCACCUCCGUUGAAGUUGGAGCGGCGGUUCGUUUCCUGCCUGCAACAACUUUGGCAGAAUCUGGCGCCCCCGCUAGAGCGUAGCUCCAGAGACAAGGUGAUGACGCACCGCACAAUACAUGCCUCGCUUAACCUUCGCUACGCCCACUUGAGAGCCGAGCUCAAAGCAGGUGAAAGUAACAAGUUUUUUGCGCUAGACCCGACGAAAUCCCUGCUUCUUCUUCGGAUGCUGACAAGUACUGUAAACACAUUUGCUGCACUGAAAAAAAACUCAGACCACAUCAACGGCCGAAAUGUUGAUGCCCCAUGUUGUUUUGUGCCGCACGGUGUUGGAGAUGGAGGUGGAAAUAUAUUUUGUUGCGUGUAA